UUAGGAUUUCAUCGUCCUCAUUGCAGAUGUACAAAUGAAUAGUGAAUACGUGAAGUCAAUCUCCACUUACGUAUUUGCUGUUUAUUUAAUCUUUCAAUCUAAGAGCGAGGGCUCUUUGGAUUCCCCCAUAAACCUCUCUGGUCUCACUGCUCAUUCCCUUUUCGCUGCGCUGCUGCUGGAAAGCCCCUCAAGAGAUUCCCUCCACGUCUCUCCAUGGGCCGGCUCGCACCUCGUGAACUCCGUAUCCCCUUGUCUUCUACUUCCCUUUCCCUCCUCUCCUCUCUCUCUUUUAUCAAUUCUGCCCCUUUUUAAGGUUUUAAGGCUUGAAGCCUGUUAUUCUCGAAAGGGCUUCUCAGCGAGCCGCACUCGCUCACUGCUUAUAGUGUCCCCGGAAAGGGCUUCACAGUUGCUUGAUAUAAUCAGAAGAGCAGAAAGUAUUCAUUGAACUGUUACUGUGUCAGUUCUGAAUUCUGUUCAGCCAGAUGUUGCCUGAAAAAUGGAAUGGAAGUUUAUUGUUGCUUUUCUUUUUUUUCUCAAAUGUAUCAGGUGUAUUUGUCGGGAUUACUAUUGGCACAGAUAUGUCCAACUUGCCAUCAGCAUCAGAUAUAGUAUCAAUUCUUAAAGCUCAGCACAUCAAACAUGUACGGUUGUUUGAUACGGACCAUCAAAUGCUGAAUGCUCUUGCAAAUACUGGAAUAGAGGUUAUGGUUGGGGUUCCCAAUGACCAAUUACUAAGUGUUGGACAAUCUAGAACAGUGGCAGCUGAUUGGAUCAACAAAAACGUUGCUUCCUUUGUUCCAGCAACCAACAUUACUUAUAUUGCUGUUGGCAAUGAGGUCCUCUCCACUAUCCCGAAUGCUUCUCUUGUUCUUGUCCCAGCAAUGAAAUUCCUCCAGUCUGCUCUUGUGGCUGCAAACCUUAAUUUCCAGGUGAAAGUUUCAAGCCCCCAAUCCAUGGAUGUCAUGCCAAAAUCAUUUCCCCCCUUUACAGCCACCUUCAAUUCAACAUGGAACUCAGUAAUGUAUCAGUAUCUCCAGUUCUUGAAGAAUACAGGAUCUUCCUUCAUGCUAAAUGCACAGCCGUACUAUGGUUACACCAAAGGACAAGGUAUCUUCCCAUUAGACUAUGCACUAUUCCGGUCAUUCAAUCCGAACAAUCAGAUUGUGGAUCCCAAUACAAAUUUCUACUACACCAAUAUGUUUGAUGCAAUGGUUGAUGCUGCUUAUUACUCCAUGGAAGCACUCAAAUUUUCUGACAUUCCUGUUAUUGUGACGGCAACUGGGUGGCCAUGGCUUGGUGGGGCAAAGGAGCAUGAUGCUACUGUUGACAAUGCAUUGGCCUACAAUGGCAAUCUGAUCCGCCAUGUGCUAAAUGGUUCUGGAACACCAAGUCGACCAACCUUACCAGUUAACACGUAUAUCCAUGAGUUGUUUAAUGAGGACCUCCGGCCUGGGCCUAUUUCUGAGAAGAACUGGGGUGUAUUCUUUCCAAAUGGGACUACAGUAUAUUCUUUGACAUUUGAGCAUUUAUCUGACCCAAGUGCAGAUUCAUCAGGGUUGGUUGGACUUUUCUGUGUAGCAAAUUCUAGUGCGGACCUCAAUGAAGUGAAGGAAGGUUUGGACUGGGCUUGCGGGGCUGGUUCAGCAAACUGUAGUGCUAUCCAGCCCGGGCAGCCAUGCUAUGAAUCUGACAAUCUUGUAGAUGUUGCUUCCUAUGCAUACAAUGAUUAUUAUCAUAGAACACAGGCAAAUGGUGGGACCUGCAAUUUCAACAACACAGCCAUGAUUACCACCACAGAUCCCAGUCAUGGAUCGUGCAUCUUUGCAGGAAGGAUCGAACAGCACGGGUGGUGGUACAGCUUUCGCACCUGUAAGCCCUAGCAGUGGUGCUACAAUGCUGCAAAUUCUCUGUGUUACCUUUCUCAUUCCAAUAAUAUUGUUUUUUUUGGUUUGACUUGUAACAUUUCUACUCAACAACCAAGUUUUGCAGAGAAAUCAAAAAUUGCUUAUGUUAUCUCCCCCAUGUAAUGAUGAGUUUGUAGAGUCUGAUUGUUUGCGGUUAGCCUCAGUUGAGUAGUUAUUUUUCUCUUCAAUAUUUGUUGGUCUUGAAAAUCUUUUAUCCGGUUUGACUUGUAAAACAGGUAAGGUCACCUAUCUCAAUGAAACUACGAAUAGGUUGUGCAGUGUGGA